AUGAAUAUUUCUCUUUUCAUCACGAUACUGUUAUUUUUAUUCUACCAACAUUAUGUAUGUAGUAGAAUAAGACCAUACGAAAUAGACAAAAGGGAUUUAUUAAAAAUAUAUGAAGAUCAUAAAAAUUUGGAAUUAAGUGAAGAGGUUGUUUUAGAUAAUGAAGAGAGUUUCCAUAAUAUAAAAUAUCUCUCUCUAUGUAAUAUAGAUAAUAAGAAUUCGAUAUACGGAAUAUCAAAUAUACUUUGUAAAAAUAUUAAUUUUCCUUAUCAUAUAAAAAUAAAAGGUGUAGAUCUUUUAUAUGGUGAGAUAGUUCAUUUUGGUACAUCGAAAUUUAUAAACGAAAUAAAUUUUAUAUGUAAAUAUUAUAUAUAUGAUAAUUCGUAUGAAAUAAUAAAAUGUAAUUAUGUUAUCAAACGUGAUGAGCAUUAUGAUUUUUAUUUAGGGCUUGAUAUGGAAAAUAUAUAUGAACCUAAAUGUAAGAUUGAUAAAAAUCAAAACAACAACAAGAACAACAACAAUAAUAAUAAUAAUAAUAAUUUUAUUCAAUCAAAUAAUUUACAAAAUAAUAUUAUGCAUACAUUAAAGAAAGAAGAACAAAUUGUAUUAAACAAUGUAACAUAUAACGAAAAUAUGGAAAUAGAUAAUAAUACAAAAAAUAUGUCUCGAAAUAAUAAUGAUGAUAAUAAUCAUAAUAUUUUUUAUCAGAAUCAUUAUCUCAAUUAUUAUAAUAAUCAUAAUGUAAAAAUGUGUAAUUUAAGGAUUCCUAUUUAUAGUUAUAUAACAAAUGUAGAAGAAACCCUUUUGAAAAUCCUUAUUGGAUUAUGUAUCAAAUUAGGAUAUAAAAGGUUCAUGAUAUAUUCUGAAAAUACCUUUGUUAUUUCAAGCUAUUUUGAAAAUAUACAUAUUAGUAGAAAUAUAUUUCAUCAGGGGUUUAAUAUAACUUGUAGAAGAUUUUACAACUCUAAUAAUAUAUAUAUUAUUAAGAGCCAAAAUAGUUUUGUACACAAUAAAAGUAAUAAUAAUUAUAAAAUCAAUAAUAAUAUAGAUGUUGUGAAAAAAGAAGUUCCUAAGAUUUACAUUAAAUUUUUUGCUAAUAAGUCUUAUUUAUUGUGGAGAGGGAUUGAACAGAAUAAAGAAAUCUUUAAUUUUAAAUUAUUAGAAUUAAAAAAUUUAUUAAAGAAUGUUAAAUAUAAAGAAAGGAUAUAUAUAUGCUAUACAAAAGAAUUAUAUUCUUAUUAUGAACAAGAUGAAAUCUAUAUUAAAAAUUUUAUGUCUUCUCAUAAAAUAAAAUAUCGUAAUUUCAGAUCAUUACGAAAUAAAGAAAAAAAAAAUUUGGAUAUACCUUAUUCUUAUAUAUUAUUAACAUUUGAACAUUUUUGUGAUAAUACUAUUAUAUUAUUUGAAGAAUGUGUACAUAUUAUAAUGACAUCGAAAAUUUUAGAUGAAAAAUAUAAAAGUAUUAUGCAUCAAUUUCUAUAUGAAAGUUUUCUAUGUUCUCAAAAUUGUUCAUAUGAAGAUGAACAAUUAAAUAUUUUUCAUAAUGAUAUGAUUAUAUCAAUAUUUCAAGAAUUUAUAAAUAAUAGUAAUUCUAUAAUCGUCAAAAUGAAAAAACAAUCUAAAUCUAUAGGAAACCAAAUUAAAAAGAAGGAAGAAGUUUUUAAUAAUAUAUUAUUACCUCAAGAUGAAAAUAUAUACAAAGAAUUUUAUGAAAAUAUUAUGUUUUCUAUUGAAUUUAAAUCUUUUAUCCCUUUGAUAAAAGAUGAACUAGAUAAACUUAGUAGAAGAAAAAAUAUUAGAAAUAAUACAAAUAACAGAAUUUGUAAUAUUUUGAAGUUUAUUAAAUAUCAUGAAAGGUUAUAUGAAUCUAAUAGCCAUAAUAGUAUAUAUAGUCGAUUAUUGAAUGAAUCCAUAUUAUUAAAUAAAUUAGUUUUUGAAAAUCAUAAAGGUGAUCACCAUUUUGAUGACAUUUCUAUCAUCAAUCUGAAGAAUAAUAUAAAAUCAAACCAAGAAAAUAUUAAUAUAAAAACAAAUAAUGUGGAGGACAAUAUAAAAUCAAACCAAGAAAAUAUUAACAUAAAAACAAACCAAGAAAAUAUUAACAUAAAAACAAAUAAAGAAAAUAUUAACAUAAAAACAAGUAAUGUGGAGGAAAAUAUAAAAAUCGUAUAUAAUAAAAAUGUGGAAAAUAAUAAGGUUCAGGGAAAUGACAAUUUUGAACAUACAAAUAAAAAUGAAAUAAUAUAUAUUAUGAAUGAUCCUAUUCAAUCUAACACCACAUAUAAUUCUGAAUCAUAUGAAUCUAUUUCAAACAAUUUAGAUGAAAAUAAUUUGAAUAAUUAUACUUAUGAUGAUGAUGAAAAAUAUGAUACGGAGCAAAUUAACACAUUUACAAAAAAGUACCCUAAAAUAAUGAAUAUGAAAAUAAAUAAAAAAAAUAAAAUAAUAAAUAAUAACGAAUUAGAAUUAAAAAAUAAUAAUAAAGGUACCAUGCAUCAUUCUUUCAUAAUUAAUUCUUAUGGUGUAUAUAUUUAUACUUUACAAAAGCAAUAUGAAUAUGAUAUUCUGAAAAAAAUAUAUGAUGAAUAUAACAAAACACAAGACAAUACAAAUAAUAAUAAUAAUAAUAAUAAAAAUGAUCAUAUGAAAAGGAAAGAAUUUUUUAAUCUCCUCUAUUCAAUUAACAAAACAUAUACUUUUACUGUCAAUAAUGUACCCACAAAAAUAUACGACAUAUUAAACAAAACAAAUAUUAUUUCAAAGGAUAAAAAAAAAGAUAAUAAAGAGCAUCAUUCAAAUAUGUAUGGAUGGGAAAAAAAAAAUGUAAAAUACUUCUGCAGUAAAGAGAAAAGGUGGCCAUUUUCUAAAAAGGAAAUUGAUUUUUUUACAACUGGUGAUACUAUUUAUUGUGAGGCUCAAUAUGUAAAUGAGUUCUUAAUUACUGUAAAUUAUGGAGAACAGACGUUUGAUUAUAUGAUAAAAGAUAUGAGAAAAAAGGGAGAUAUGUUUAAAGAAAAAAAUAUUCAUCAAAAGGGAGAUAUGUUUAAAGACCAAAAUAUUCAUCAAAAGGGAGAUAUGUUUAAAGACCAAAAUAUUCAUCAAAAGGAUGAUGAUUAUGAAAAAAAUGAAGAUAUACAUUCAAAUUCACAUUCCGAUAAAAAUUCAAACAUUAAUUUUAUUUUUCCAGAAAAAAUUUUACAUAAGGUCAAAGAAGAAUACUUUGUAAAACAUUCCAUACAUAAAAGCAAAAUUAUAGGUUUUUAUAUACUUAAUAAUGCAUGUGUAAUAAAAUAUAUUGGGAAUAAAAGAAAUGACAUAAAUAAUCCUUUUUUAAGUAAUGUUUUAUUAAAAUCCGUUUUAGGGUUUUGUAUUUUACAUGGAUUUACAAAGGUGAAAGUUGAAGCUGAAAGUAUUAAUUAUGAAAGUGGAAUAAAAAAUAAAUUUGUUGAGAUUUUAUUAAAUGGAUAUACUGAAUAUGAAUAUUUAGGUUUGACGUUAAUGAAUGUAGCUAGAUUUUCAAAAGAUUUAUAUUAUAUUAUAACAGGAUAUACUUCCAAAAGUGAUCUCUUAUUAUCUGCUGUUAUGAAAUUUGAAAAGAAUUUUAAUAUAUAUCAUAAUAUCGAAAAUAAUUUUUUGAAAUAUAUGAACAAGAAAUCUAUGGAUUUAUUACAUGAAUUAACCUUUAAUUGUAAUGAUGAUUAUUAUCCAUAUAAAAAUUGUUAUGAUCUUUAUCCUCUAGUAAGAAAAAAUAUAAAAAAUAUAUGUAAUUUCGAAACAAAUAGUAUAUAUAAAGAAUUAAAUUUAUUAUUUCCUGAUGUGUGCAAAAUUGGAAAGAAAAUAGCCUUAUGUUAUGAACAAAUUAAAAAAUAUAUUGUUUGCUCAAAAAAUAGCCAAGGGUGUAAAUACUACAAAUUUAUAAUAAACACAUUCAUAAAACCAAAAAGAAAAACAUCCUUUUUUAUAAAUCAUAAUAUAAACGUUCAAGAAUAUUUAUCAAAAAAAGCAUAUACAUAUUAUUUGUUAUUAUGUGAACUUAUAAAAAAUAAAGAAAAAGAAUUAAAACAAGAAGAAGGGCAAAAUAAAAAUCAAAAUGUAGACCACGCACACACUUAUUUUUUAUUAAAUAAUAUCAUUCAAUAUUCAACAUUUUUUCUUUUCUGGAAUUUCUCUACUGAAUUUUGGAAGAGGUUUCAAUACAUACAUAAUAAUGAUAUAAAUAAUAUAAAUGAAAUUUCUUAUCAAAAUAAUAACUUGUUAUUUUGCCCCAUGGCAUAUGCCUACGAAUUUAUUUAUCACCUUAAUGUAUUUUACAUAAACGAAUAG